CAGACAACGUCUGGUAGAGAAGCGAGCGCCACAGAUAUACCCACUUCGUGACUGUGCGCGGUUGCAUCCACUUCGUGACUAUACGCGGUUAUACCCACGCCGUGACUGUGCGCGGUAGUGAUCAUCACAUCGUGGUGCUUAUUGCGGUACGAAGUCGUACCAGAGGUGUGUUUGGCUGAUUAUCUCGGUGACUAAGUGGUCAACUUACCACUUCGCCCUUUUUAAAAAUAAUACUAAUUUCUAGCAGCACUAAGUCUUGUGAGUGCAUCGUGUCAUUGACCUAGACGCUCACGGCUACAGGGCGGCUUCAUAAUAUAUAUCUGAGCGUUGUUACAUAGGUGCCCCACUUACAGAUUUGAUACGCUGGGUACACGUGAGGGGAAGUUUGUGUCCGGAUUUGCACUUCAGCGUAAACAAACAUAAAGACUUCGACCUCAGAUAGCCUAUACAAACAGUUCAGACGUGAUUUGAUCUGUAGGACAGAAGGUGUGGUUCAGCUGAAAGUAAACUCAUUUGAUUUUUCAGGUGUUUAUUUGGUAUUUUCAACAUGGCCACGCUGUCGCUGGCUUAUUUCUUGUUCAUUCUCCUCUCCGUUUUGUACUACUCUCCAGUGGACGGUCAGCAUUACAAAAGAUUAAUGCAAAAUGCCUUAUCACUGUUGGAGACAUUUCGUGAUAAGGCGGAUGGUUCCCACUUUAUCCCGUCGAGUAUAGAUUUUCUUAAUCCACAUCAGGGUUUAAAGAGCUCUGAAUCUUUCGAUGUCUUCCCGGAAGAGUCAAAAUUACAGCCACACUUAAAUAAUGUGGAAGUUCUAGAGACUUUGGUACGAGAGUACCAUGCCGACGGACUUGUAUCGAGGCUUGAGGAGUCCCAGUAUAACGUGUCCACUAUCUGCCUAAACCACACGAUGGAGUAUUUCGAGCAUUUGCUGCAAGGCCAGUUAUGGGCCUUAAAAAUGUUUGACGCGAUGGGUAAGGUCCCGUCUGGACUCCUCAGCGGUCAUUUCUUCUGGUCUGGUGACUAUGACCAGUGCCUGGGCAUAGAAGCGGUUCUGUCCAACACUACAUCACCUCAACCUGCCUACGAGGGCAAAUACUGCAGCCUGGUGUCAUCAUUUCCACUUACCCCUGGGCCAAAUGGGACGAAUAUUCCCGCGAGUAUCGGGGCCCUGUCUGGUAUAGCGCUGCAAAUCGGCCUUUGUUUACCCAGUAGCUGUAGUGACGCCGAUGCAAAGGCAUUGGUCAAGACAGGUAUAUCUCUGCUUCCGGUAGAUCUGAGUACCUUUCCUAUCACUGUGGCUUGUACAGUGGACAGAGAUAUUUCACAAGAUACUCGUGCUAUCACUUCUAUAUGUGUCUCGGCCGUUAUUGUCGCUAUCCUUCUUGUGGGAACAGCAUACGACAUACUAGUUGUCAAGGAUUGUGACCUGUCUGCAGCAAGCGAAAGAAAAAGAGAGGCCGUCAAAUUCCAAGAUCCAAAAGUUGGGAUUGCCGGGAAACUUCUCCUGUCUUUCUCGCUGUACACUAACGCCACCAAGCUGCUGUCCACUAAACAAGGGGAGGGAAGCCUGCGGUGCCUUAACGGCAUUCGAUUCCUCAGUAUGAGGCUGGAGAGCCUGAUAACGUAUUCGUUUGAGCUGAUAGGCCGCUUUACAGCCCAGCCCAUCGCUAACGGCACUUACUCCGUGGACUCUUUCUUCUUACUCAGCGGUUUACUGGUAACGUACUUGACCAUGCGUGAAAUGGCGAAAAGGGAAGGAAAGCUCAACUGGUUCCUGUAUUACUUUCACCGAUACUGGAGAUUGACACCACCGCUGAUGUUGAUCAUGUGGGUUUACGUGCCGUUGUUCAAGUACUUGGGAAGUGGCCCUUUUUGGCCGAGGGAUGGGACAGAAAUAAAUUACUGUCAGAGCACGUGGUGGACAAACAUGCUGUACGUCAAUAACCUGGUCAACGCCGAGCAACAGUGUAUGGGCUGGACCUGGUACCUGGCGAAUGAUAUGCAGUUUUACGUCGUCAGUCCUUUGAUUCUACUGCCGCUAUAUUAUUCCGGUUUAAUAGGUGUAAUCAUCAUUACAGUAUUUCUGUUGGCUACCUUAAUAGCUUCCGGUGUGAUCAGCUCCACCAAUCAUUACCUCUCGGGCGCAUUGUCGAUGGCAGAUCAAAAGGCUUUCCUGGACCUAUACAUUCGCCCCUGGACACGCAUGGGACCGUAUCUGGUCGGGAUGACUCUGGGUUAUAUUUUGUACAGAACCAAGUGUAAAGUCAGUCUUCCAAGGUCAUACGUGUUGGUUAUCUGGCUGGCGGCCACGGCAUGCGGAAUAUCAGUCAUCUACGGCAUGAAAGGGGUGAAUAGCAAUGAUGUUCAACUAACCAAUGACGUCAACGCUCUGUACAAUGCCAUCUCGCGGACGGCAUGGGCACUAGCAUUAGCCUGGGUGGUGUUUGCCUGCUGCACGGGACAUGGGGGCGUGGUAAACCGCAUAUUAUCGUGGGAUAUAUUCGUGCCGUUAAGUAGGUUGACUUACUGCGCAUACCUGGUCCACCCAAUCGUUAUGUUCUGGUUCUACUACGGGCAGAAACACGCCAUCAUCCUCAGUGACGAAAUAUUGGUGUACUACUUUCUAGGGAACAUGCUUAUAGCAUACAGUGUGGCCUUUGUUGUAUCCCUGGCUUUUGAGGCGCCGAUGAUGGGACUGGAGAAAGUACUGCUGCAUAGAGACAGGCGGAACUAACCAGUUUGCUACAAAUAUGAAGACA